AUGCGUGAGAUAGAUGUAGAGAUUGAUGGGAUUAGAGAGAGCGCUGAGCCGGGUGAUGAGAACUCACCACCUGUAAAUAAAACGUAUAGAGACAAAGAAGAAAACCCACUACGUAUGCCACAUAAGUUUUAUGAGGAGCCAAAAAAGAAAAAUAAAAUAUUGAAAUCACCAAAGAGAACAAUUCAGAAGAUUAUAAAGAACGGUAAAAGUAAAAGCAGAAAGUUCUACGUACAUCCGGCAACGCGACAACCUAUGAAAACCUCAGUGGCAAUGGAAAUCGUUGAUAACACACUCCGUAGCAUAGAAGAAUUAGGACCCACAGAAAGAAACUAUAAAAAGAAACCAAGAAAAAGUUUAAAAGUCGCAAGAUAUCCAAUGCCAUUCCAUAAGUUCCAGACAAAAAAAGUUGUAACUCAUAAAAGGAAUAGAAGAGACGUUGGUAGAGAUGAUGUGUUUAUUAUUAAAGAUCUGGAUGAGGUGGAAUUUCUGAGUAAAGACAAAGACUAUGAUAUUGUGAAUGCACAUGUUAAAAAUUAUUGGUAGGUUUAGUAAGUUUGUAAUAAAGUGUAAGA